AUGGACGGCCGAAGCCUCAUCACCGCAGGGAUCAAACAAGGUAUCAACAAUAAUGGAAACGAUUUCUUCGACGUUGAACGUACUUGGGACGAAGAAGGAAAAGGAAUCAUCCGGUUCCCAUUUGUCCUUGUUAGGCCUGCACCGAAAGACACAGGAUUCGGUGUGCUCAAUGGAUCAUUACAACUCACCAAGACCACGUAG